AUUAAUUCCAAGUGGGAUAUAUAAUGUUCUUUGAAGGUUCCUUUGUGCCUAUCUCAAAUAAAAGCAUUUUCCAGACUCAACCAACAAAAAAGCCUUUUCAAUUUCUUUUUACAGAUUGCUUUCUGAAUAGCUUUGAGAUAUUGAUUUUCUCUUCAUCAUACUCAGAUGGAUUCUUCUUUUCUCUCUGGUUUUUGUGCUGCUGCCAUAACCUUCUUCACUCUUUUCGGUACAAUAUAUUUCAUGUUUUAUAGAAAAGGCAAAUCCCAUCAAGAAAACAAAACAAUAGCUUCUUCUUUAAUAUCUAUUUCAUCUACUCCAUCUUCUUUACCUCGAAAACGGAAACACGAUGUCUUCCCUAGCUUCCACGGGGCAGAUGUUCGCAAAACCUUUCUUGCUCACAUCCUAAAAGAGUUCAAAGGGAAAGGAGUCGUUCCAUUCAUUGAUAAUGAUAUCGAGAGGAGCAAGUCUAUCGGUCCUGAGCUCAUAGAAGCUAUUAGAGGAUCGAAGAUCGCGAUCGUCUUGCUCUCAAGGAACUAUGCUUCUUCUUCGUGGUGCUUAAACGAGUUGGUGGAGAUCAUGAAGUGUAGAGAACAGUUGGGUCAAACAGUGAUGACCAUUUUCUAUGACGUUGAUCCAACAGACGUAAAGAAGCAGACAGGAGAUUUUGGGAAGGUCUUCAAGAAAACUUGUAAAGGUAAACCAAAAGAGGAAAUUAAGAGAUGGCAAAAAGUUUUGGAGGAUGUGGCAACAAUCGCUGGGGAGCAUUCCCGUAACUGGUUAGCUUUCUGGAUUUAUAUUUUGCUCUGAUUCAUAAUUCAUUAACACAUCAAACUAAAGAGGGAUAAUUACCGAAAAAACCCGAUUUAUUUAAAAUCUCCCAGAAAACUACUUGAACUUUUGGGUUGGAAAUAAAAUCACGAUCUAUUUUUUUUUUUUUCAAUUACCACCCUUCACCGUAACGGACCGUUAACAACGCUAACCAAAUCGUCGAACCUAACGUAUUUAAUAUUUGCCAAAAAAAAACAUGAACUUAUUUGUUGUAAUAAAAAUACCCAAACUAACUUAACUUGGAGAUAGAAAACACGAUCUAUUUUUUUUCCCCAACCAAAUUGUCAAAUGUUAUUAAUUUUAUUUAUAAGAUAUUCUUAAAAAUGGACUAUUGAAGAAAUCCUCUAAAAGCUUAAGUUCUUGAGUAAUAUCAACCAAAAUCAUGUUAUUGAUGGGUAAGUUUUAUCCUAAAUUACUAAUGUUGUUUUCACCAUCUAUCAUAUAUCUAGAUUUGAUGUAAGCAACAAUAAAUUAAAAAGAAUACCCCUUCAGUUACCGAAUGUUCUUAUUAAUUUCUUCAAUUUAUUGUGGUUAGCUUCUGAAAUGGA